AUGCACAAAUUACAGAGAGUCCAGAACUGUGCUGCUCGCCUACUUACUGGGACCAAACGCACAGAACACAUCAGUCCAGUACUUAAGGCUCUCCACUGGCUCCCCAUCAGAUACAGAACCAUGUAUAAGAUUCUCAUCUUUGUGUUCAACUCUCUGAUCUUACUCUACAAUCCCAGAAGAGCACUGAGACCCAACUCCUGUGCUAGACAUUCCACUGACGAGAAACAAAUGAAUUUCGGUGACAGAGCUUUUUCUAAAGCAGGACCGUGUCUGUGGAACAACUUGCCACCAAACAUCCAGAACAUUGAAGACCUUGAACUAUUCGAGCGUGUCUUGAAAACUCACUUCUUUGACAAAGCCUUUGCCAAAGCCCCUCUGAGCAAAGAUGUUGGAAAAGGCGCUGUAUAA